AUGGCGGCGGCGGGGAGGGGGGACAGUAGUUUUAAAGUAGACACCCGCCCUUGCCUCAGAGAAGAUACAACUUUGAAUGUACAGGAAAAGGCUGAACUUUUUACAGAUAACUUUUGUAAUGUAUGCAGAGUGGUGCUACCAUUUGAGUCACAAAGGAUUUCACAUUAUGAGAGUGAAAAACAUGCUCAAAAUGUUAGGUUUUAUUUUCAUAUGUAUGGAAAACAAAAUGAAGUGCCUAGUAAAAAAAUGAAGAUGGAUGUUAGAAAUUUCCAGGUGCAUAAGACUGAAGUAGUGGACAGAAACAAAUUUUGUGAUCUCUGCAACAUGAUUUUUAGCUCUCCAGUUGUUGCUCAGUCUCACUAUGUGGGGAAAGUCCAUACUAAAAAAUUGAAGCAAUUAAUGGAGGAGCAUGAUCAGAUAUCUAGAUCAGGAUUUCAGCCAAAGAUGGCAGGUGUGCCUAUUACUUCUGCAGAAUCAACUUUUCUGAAGCCCCUUGCAGUCAAGCCUCCUUCAGGUGGGAUUAAAGACAAGACUAUGCCUUACUCUUCCAGCACUGCUUUGGAUUUGAAUAAUCCAAACAAGUAUUGCAAACUCUGCUUUGCUUCUUUUAAUAGUCUAUUAAUGGCCCAACAACAUUAUGUUGGGACAAAACACAAAAUAAAUGAAGCUAGAAAGAAGUAUGUAGAAAAGAUAAAAGAGAAACUUUUUCUAUCAAAAUCAGAUGCAAAUGCAUUUAGUAUGAGAACCUACUUUUGUCAUAUUUGUAAUAUCACCUUUACAUCAUUAGAAAUGUUCCAGUUCCAUGUGCAAGGAAGUGAUCAUCAAAUCAAAGAAUCCAUUAUUAUUAGUCUAGUGAAUAAUUCAAAGAAGACACAAGACUCUUACCAAGUUGAAAGUGCAGAUUACAUCAAAGCGCAGAAAGUUAGAGAACCAGAGCCCAAGAUUUGUUUCAGAAAGAUGGAAGAUAAUUCUUUGGAAACCCGUGGAUACAGAAAAGUGGUUGAUUCCCAAUCCAGACAUAGAGUAUAUGAACAAAGACACCCAUAUGAGACUUUCCAGACAUACUCAGAAUCAUACAAAAUUUCGCAAACAGUGAAAAACCACUUACCUCAUUACUUACCAGCUUAUUCAAAGAAGACAUAUGACUCUUUCCAAGAUGAACUGGAAUAUUACAUCAAAGUGCAAAAAGCCAGAGGAUUACACCCAAAGACUUGUUUCAGAAAGAUAAGAGGGAAUUCUAUGGAAACCCAUGGGUACAGAGAAGUUGAUUCUGGAUCCAGACAAAGAAUCAAUGAGCAAAGAUUUUCAGUUCAGACUUCCCAUACCUUCCAACAACCAUACAAUAUUUCACCAGUGGAAAGCCAGUCACAUCACUGGUUACCACCAACUUAUUUAAAGAGGACAUACGAUUCUUUCCAGAAUGAACUUGAAGAUUACAUCGAAGUACAGAAAGCCAGAGGACUACAUCCGAAGACUUGUUUCAGAAAGAUAAGUGAUAGUUCUACAGAAACCAAUAAGUACAGAGAAAUGUUUGAUUCCAAAUCCAGACAUAGAAUGUCUGAGCCAAGACUCCCAUUUGAGACUUUCCAGAUCUACCCAGAAUCACACAAUAUUUCACAAGUAGUGAAAAAUCAGUUACCUCAUUGCUUACCAGCUCAUGACAGCAAAAAGAAACUAGACUCUAUGACCUAUUGUCAGCCCACCAGAGACUAUUUCCCAGAAAAACCAGUACCCCUAAGCCUUAGUCAGCAAGAAAAUAACUCUGGCUUGUACAGUGUAGAAUCUGAAUUUUACAAGCACCUCUCCUUAGAAAACAACACCAGUGACCCUCAAGCAGGUCAUAAACGGAGACAUCAGAAGAGAAGGCAUCUGGAGGAAGGUGAAGAAAAGCCAGAGAAAGAGCAGUCCAAGCAUAAAAAGAAAAAGAGUGAUGGGGAUAUGGAUCUAAAUAUGGACAAGAGCAUCCGACAAAAGAAAAGAGAGGGAGAUAAAGUUAGUGUCAGUUCAGGCAAGCUUAAACACCGAAAAAAUAAAAAAAGUAAUGGUAUACCCUCUACAAAAGAAGAACGUAAGCACAGGAAAGAGAAAAAGAAAUCUGUUGAAGAAAAGACAGAAGAGGAAAUGCUUUGGGAUGAGUCUAUUCUUGGAUUUUGA